GAGAGAGAGUUUGCUCCGGGCUCGGCUUCUCUUCUUCCUUCGAGCUCCCACGCCGCACGCCCCUCAUCUCCCUCCCCUCCGUCUCCGUCUCCUCUCCCACGCGCCGCGCCAAUCCCCGCCACUCCCAGCGUCGCCGGCGCCAGGCCAGCUCCACCGAACAUACAUCACCCAGAACACGAGAUCCGAAAGGCGGGCGGGCGGCGGCGGCGGCGGCGCGGAGGAUGGCGGCCACGCUGUCGCAGCUGGACGACGGCAUCGUCCGCAGCAUGGCCAUCGGCGCGGUCUUCACCGACUACGCCGGGAAGAUAAGCUGCCUCGACUUCCACCGCAAGGAGGACCUCCUCGUCACCUCCAGCGAGGACGACUCCAUUCGCCUCUACAACACCACCAGCGCCACGUUGUCGAAGACAACUUAUCAUAAAAAACAUGGUGCUGACCGUGUCUGUUUUACUCAUCAUCCGAGUUCCAUAUUAUGUUCAUCAAGAUACAAUGUGGAGUCAGGAGAAUCACUUCGUUACCUGUCAUUGUAUGACAACCGUUGCUUGAGAUAUUUCAAAGGACACAAAGACAGGGUUGUUUCACUAUGUAUGUCACCUGUCAAUGAUAGCUUUAUGUCGGGGUCACUUGAUCACAGUGUCAGAAUAUGGGAUCUUCGUGUAAAUGCUUGUCAGGGUAUACUACGUCUGCGUGGUAGGCCUUCUGUUGCAUAUGAUCAGCAGGGACUUGUUUUUGCUGUAGCAAUGGAGGGAGGUGCUAUUAAGCUGUUCGAUUCUCGGUCAUACGACAAGGGUCCAUUUGACACUUUCUUGGUUGGUGGAGAUACGGCUGAAGUGUCUGACAUUAAAUUCAGCAAUGAUGGCAAGUCUGUGCUUUUGACUACAACUAACAACCAUAUAUAUGUUCUGGAUGCAUAUGGAGGGGAGAAGAAGUGUGGCUUCAGCUUGGAGCCAUCUCGCAACAUUGCAACUGAAGCUGCUUUCACUCCAGAUGGUCAAUAUGUAAUUUCAGGAUCUGGUGAUGGUACCUUGCAUGCUUGGAACAUCAAUACAGUACAGGAGAUUGCCUGUUGGAACAGUCAUAUUGGUCCUAUCACUGCUUUGAAAUGGGCCCCUCGUCGAGCUAUGUUCGCAACUGCAUCAACCGCACUAACUUUCUGGAUUCCCAACGAAUCCAGUUCGAGUUAGGUCCCUGAAAAGGAAGAUGGAACGUGGAAUACACUAACUUAACAAAAGACUUGUAUCAUGUUCUUUCCUUGACAGGACAGGUACUAUGUAUGAAGUAUCACUUGCUUUAUUACCAUAUAUGUGGAAACAGUGAUGUUGGUUCCCUGUAGAAUGUAUUGAAGUGCUCCCUUUAUUUUUUAAGUAUAUAAUAUUGCACACUUGCUCAUUA